UCCGACCCUGGUGAUCCAUUUCUUUCUGUGACUGGCCAUUAUAUACACUCACCACCAGAACAUCCCAAUGACUGGAAGCUCAAAACUGAACAACUUGCCUUUAGUCCUAUCAAAGGACAGCAUUCGGGUGCAAAUAUGGCCAACCUGCUCGUGCGCACAAUUGACCGCUAUGGUCUUCGCAAAAAAGUGAGUCUAUUUGCUUGUCUACUAUGUACAUGGUACUGA